AUGUGCUCAGAGGAGACACCCAGCAGCGCUCCGUGGUUCAGGAGCGUGUGUGACCGCUGGCUGCAAGGCGGGAGCUCUGGGAUCCUCUGCCUGACGUUACGGAGCAUUGGCCGCGUCUCCUCCAGGCCUCUGACCAGCACAUCUCGCCUGGGGAAGCUGAUUCAGCAGCCAUGGUAUCAGAGCACAGCAUUUCCUAGGGAUGACGGAAUAGCGGGGAGGAUAUGCAGCCAAAGGCACCUGCGGGACAAGGCCGGGGUUGCGAGUGCUUACAGCCUCUCAAAGACCAAUGGAGAGGGGAGGCAAUGGCUGCUGCUGCUGGUGGGCAUCCAGCUGGCCAGCGGCCAGUGCCCGGAGCAGUGCCAGUGCGUCCGCACCGCCCAGGUGGAAUGCUCUGGUGCUGGCAUCACUGAGGUCCCCAGCCCCAUCCCUGCGAAUGCCAUGACCCUCCAGAUCAUCAACACGCGCAUCACUGAGCUGGGCGACGCGUCCUUCGGCAACGCCUCCCUGCUGAUUGGGCUGCGCAUCGAGAAGAACAACCUGUCGCGCAUCAGCCCCGGGGCCUUCCAGCACCUGCCUGACCUGCGCUACCUCAGCCUGGCCAGCAACAAGCUGCAGGAGCUCCCUGUGCAGGUCUUUGAGCCGCUGGACAAGCUGGAGUCGCUGCUUCUCUCUAGCAACCAGAUCCUCCAG